AUGAACACACCAGGUGUGGACGUGCGCAAUGGCAAGGCCAUCCAAGGGGACAUAUGCACCAAUAGGUAUUCCCUAAUAUCUAAGCAGACCCUUAACCGGAAGGAAAAUACCUUAUGGAACAUCCUAAACUACGGCCGUGUCCCUAAUGAGGGCCUAAACGAAAUAACCAUCAUGAACAUCUUGCACCAGAUAUCUUCCCAAAAUUUAUGCAACAGCGAGAAGAAUGUCAAAAUCGGGGAGAGGGAGAAUCGCAUAUAUAGCGCGCUCGUGCGGAACAAGUAUAUCGGAUUUGGGCACGGCAUCGGCAGGUCCGGGAAUCUGGACGACGUGCAACCCAAGAGCGCAGGGAACAGUAUCCUGGCCAAGGCGACCACGAGCUUUGUAAAAGAUCUUAUCAAAAGCUUUGGAAUAAAAGGUUGUGAAGACGUGUAUAUAUUGCCAUACGCUACAGGGAUGUGCUUAAGUACCUGCUUGCUGUACACAAAAAAGGAAAGAGAAAAAGGUGAGUAUGUAAUAAUUUCUAGAAUAGAUCAUAAGACCUGCUACAAAUGCAUCGAUUUUUGUGCCUUGAAAUAUUUAGUAGUGGACAUGGUUUACAAGGAUGAAGAAUUAUUUACAAACCUGAACGAAAUAGAAAAAUUGAUACAAACAUAUGGUGAAAAAAUCUGUUGUGUCAUGUCCGUCACAUCUAGUUAUGCCCCAAGGAAUUCAGAUGACGUGGUAAAAAUUGCUCAUAUUUGCAAGAGGUAUAAUGUUCCACACAUAAUUAAUAAUGCCUUUGGAUUACAAUGCACUUAUUUGUGUAAGGAAAUACAAAAGUGUUUUGAAUCGAAAGGUCGAGUGGACUUUGUGGUUCAGAGUUGUGAUAAGAAUUUCCUUGUCCCUGUUAACGGCGGGAUCGUAUUCAGCUCCGAUAAGAAAAAGAUGAAAGAAUUGAAAAAACACUACCCUGGUAGAACCCCCGUGCAUGCAUAUUUAGACCUCUUCAUCACAUUACUAGAAUUAGGAAAAAAAAAAAUUCUAAACCUAAGAAAAGAAAGGGAGGAAAAUUUUGUCUGGUUGCAGGAAAAGGUUUAUACUCUGUGCUCAAAAUAUAACUUAAGUUUAAUCAAAGCUAGCAAGAAUAAAAUAUCCAUGGCGAUUAAUUUAAACGAGCUUUACAAAAUUUGUCAUGUGGUAACCCCUCAGAGUAUUACCCUACUGGGUUCUUUACUUUUUUACAGAAAUGUAACGGGGCAUAGGGUUAUAUGCUCCCCGCUCUUGAUACGAAAUGGAGCUGGGGAAACAGACACGGGGGAUCACCAACGGCAGACUGAUGUAGAAGUUUCUUUUCCCAUUCACCAGGGGGAAGUAGGUCCCCCUGGAGUUGACACUACUGAGCAGGGUGCACAUAUCGAUGGGGCGUUUUCCCCUAAUCGUGGAAAGAGUGAAGAUGCACGUCCGAUCCAUUCUUCAGACAACCGCAAUGAGGGGGGUGUAAAGGAAGAGGGGUCCCAAACACAUCUGGUAAAAAAGGAACAUGUAAAUCACGCAGAUAUUCAUAAGAAGAAACCCCUAACCAUUGGGAACCACACAUUUGAGUACUUUGGGUGCAGCUACGAUUUGUAUCCCUUUUCCUACAUCGCUUUCUCCUGCGUCAUUGGAAUUGAGCGGGAGGAGCUGCAAAGCUUCGUGGCCAAGUUGGACGACGCGAUUGGCUGCUUCAUACGCAAGUUCGGCAGGCGCCACUAA